GCAAUGAAAGAGGCACCUGUGUGGGCAUGCAGCAUUCCGGACUGUGGGCGGACUAUCCCUGUAGCCAGACAAACAUGUCCUACAUCUGUGAAUCCCCUCGUACCGGUUUCACCACGGCAACCACCAGGGCUCCAGUCACAAACCAAGGCCCAUGUCCUGCAGGCUGGACAGGCUACGGGGCCUGGUGUUAUCAAGUGUUUGCCAACAACAUGACGGAUCAGCUGUCUUGGCCGGAGGCUCGAGAUUUCUGUGCUAGUCAGGCUACUGGAGGAUCUCUGAUCUCAGUGACCAACAAUGCCACCCAAGCCUGGCUGGCUACCUUUGUUGCAUCUAAAAAUGCUUCCGGUAUCUUUUGGAUUGGACUGAGUGACAGAGAUACAGAGUCUAGUUACACCUGGCUUGAUAACUCACCAUAUUUGUUCAACAACUGGAUGCGAGGUGAGCCUAACAAUCAGGGAAACAGAGAGGACUGUGUAGAAUGGGCACUGCCUCGCAAUUCUUGGAACGAUGACUACUGCUACGUCUCCAGAAACUGGAUCUGCCAGGUGCCCAGAGGAUCAGUAAUAACAACCCCAAAGACAGCUCCUACAGGUACACAAUCAACUACUCUGUGUGGUAAUUCAUCAUGGACCAUGUUUAACCAUCAUUGUUACUUCGUGAGUCCGUCUGAUGGGAACCUGGCUGCAGCGUCCUGGUACGAUGCCAGACAAAUCUGUAUUAGUAUGAGAGCUGAUCUGGCAAGCAUUAACAGCGAUGAUGAGAAUGGUCUUAUUACCUCUUUGAUUACCAAAAAUCCAACAUUUGCAUUCUGGAUUGGACUGAAUGAUCUAUACACAGACUCAUUACAGUGGACUGACCGAAGUCCACUUUCAUAUGUCAGCUGGGCCAGAAAUGAGCCAAAUGACAACAAUGGUGGAGAGAGCUGUGUAGUGAUGACAUCUUUAGGAACCUGGGCUGACAAUAACUGUGGCAAGUCACUGGGCUACGUCUGUGAGAAAUGGGCAGGAAAUUUCCAGCCGGCUCCCUAUACACCCCCACCUGCUACUGGCGGGUGCCCAAGUAAUUUUGUUUCCAUCCCUGCAUUGAGUUACUGCUACUAUGUGGGAGGGACCACAAACACAACACGGCAAAACUUCACUGGCGCUGUGGCAGCAUGCCAGCAGAUGUUGCCUAAAGCUAAUAUAGCUUCUAUUCAUUCAAGCACAGAAGAGAAGUUUAUUGUGACCCUUCUUGCCAAUGUACGGAACCCAGCUUGGAUUGGAUUUCAUGAUGAAGCCUUCUACAACCAGUUUGUGUGGGUGGACAAUCUCCCCGUGACCUACACUAACUGGGGACCUGGACAACCUGAUGAGAAUCGUCGUAAUAAUAGACCUGGCAGCAGGAGAGACUGUGUAGAUAUAGAGACGAGACGCAACAAAGUGGGCUGGUAUGACAGAAGCUGUAGAACCCCACUGGCCUAUGUUUGUGAAACUAGGAAAGAUCCUACGUUGCCUACUUCAGCCCCCAACACCACAGGUUGUCACCAAGGAUACCAGAGAUUCCGCAACAGUUGCUACAGAUUCUAUAAGGACAAUUACGAUUGGCUGACUGCAGAGAGCACGUGUAAGCUUGAUGGCGGUAACCUAGCAACUGUCAGCAGUGGGACCGAGCAAGCAUUUGUUGAUAUUGUCACAGGCCAUGUCAACGACUCUUUGAAGUUCUGGGUGGGGCUUCAAUUUGACCAGGCUAGCUCCACAUUCAGCUGGCAAGAUGGCUGGCCAGUCAGAUACACCAACUGGGCUCAGGAUGAGCCCAACACUAAAGCAGGCAUGAGGUGUGUCACUCAAACUCUGGACGGACGGUGGAAUGUUAACAACUGCACCAGCAGACGACCUUUUGUCUGUGAGAUCAACUUUGGAUCACCACCGCCAGCCACAAGACCCUCCAGAUUAACCGCCAACUGCCCAAACAGGGGCUGGUUCGCAUACAGAGGCAACUGUUACAAUAUUGAAUCCUCCUCCCCGAAGUCAUGGGCAGCAGCCAGCGCCGCAUGCACUGUCCUGGGAGGCAGCCUGGCCAGUAUCCACUCUAGAACUGAAGCCAAUUAUUUGGCUAGCCGGUUGAGAAAUUUGGGACAUGAUGUCUGGAUUGGAUUAUAUAAGGAUCAAGCAACUGGCUUUGCAUGGAACGACAACACCGAGUUGGAAUACCUCAACUGGGAAACUGGCGAGCCAAAUAAUCCAGACAGUACCCUUCAUCAGGAUUGUGGCAAGAUUCUAGCAGCAGACGGCAAGUGGGCUGACACAGAUUGCUUUGAUCUGAAUGCCUAUUUGUGCAAAAUAACAAACGUGAUCAACUCGGCAGAAAGUGACACCAGCACUAGCAGCAGUCUGGCUGGAGGAGCAGUUGCUGGCAUAGUCAUCGGUGUUCUUGUACUGGUAGCAUUAGCAGGCAUCAUUGGCUUCUUUGUGUUCAAGCGCACUAACAGUCCCGGCAUUUCUUCCUUCCGUAAACAACCACUGCCCAACCCAGAGCCAGGCAUUGACAAUGCCAGUUACAGCACAUCUGGGGGAGUCCAAGUCAACUCUAGUGAUGCCUGA